CGCAUCACUAGGGAUCUGACAUGACAAUGACGCCCUGCCCUCUGAGGGCUACAGGACUUGCCCAGUUGGGAAACAGCUAAACAGGUUUUUAACCAGCUCACCUGGACUUGGCGAGCGGCCCUGUCCUCCAUCACGGCCACCCCGCCAUUCUGGCUGGCGAGGAAGAUGUUCCCCUUCAACGUGGGCAAAUGGAUGGGGCUCGCCUGCGUCCGAUCCCUGGUGUCGUCCCCUGCCAGUAUUCGCCAGAAGAAACUCAUCCACAAGCUGCAGGAGGAAAAGGCUUUUCGGGAAGAGAUGAGAAUUUUCCGUGAGAAAAUAGAAGACUUCAGGGAAGAGACGUGGAAUUUCCGAGGCAAGAUCAGUGCUUUCCGGGGCCAGAUCUUCGAUUUUUGGGAAGAGGAGAGACCUUUCUGGGAAGAGGAGAAAACCUUCUGGAAAGAGGAGAAAACCUUCUGGGAAAUGGAAAAAUCUUUCCGGGAAGAAGAGAAAACGUUUUGGAAAAAAUACCGUACCUUCUGGAAGGAGGAUAAAGCCUUCUGGAAAGAGGACAACGCCUUAUGGGAAAGAGACCGGAACCUUCUUCAGGAGGACAAGGCACUGUGGGAGGAAGAAAAGGCCCUGUGGGUAGAGGAAAGAGCCCUCCUUGAGGAGGAGAAGGCCCUGUGGGAGGAUAAAAAGUCCCUCUGGGAGGAAGAGAAUGCCCUCUGGGAGGAAGAGAAGGCGUUCUGGGUAGAAGGUGGCCGCCACCUUGCUGGGGAGCCGAUGCCAGAGGACGGGCCCCGCCGCGCCCUGGGAGGACAGCGAUCGCCAACCUUCUCCCGAGGCAGGGCAUAGUGCGCGCAGGACAUGCAGGGCCACGUGGGGUCCAGACUCUGCUGGAUUGAGAUUCGAGUCCAGGGCGAUCCCAGGUGCUGGAGGAAAAAUGCACUUAUUUGUCUCCUUGCUUUG